GGGAACCUGUGGGUUUUAUCUAUUUUCGUUAUUACGUCAAAUAGUGUAGGUAGUGAAUGAAUUUGUGGUUUUUUGAUUUCAGUGCGGUGAUUAAAAUAUAAAGUGAAGAGAGAAAUGAUUAAUGUAAUGUUGUAAUAAUGACAAUAUCAAUGAAGGAACAAGAGCCUGUGCCUGGGGAGAUCUCAUUUCCUCUGGGAAAAUUGAGAAUCUUAGAAGAAAAAAUUUCAAGCCCUCGUUGGGUUGUGCCUGUGUUGCCUGAACAGGAAUUAGAGUGUUUACUUAUUGCUGCCACAGAGCUUGCAGCCAAAGGUGAAGAUGUUAAUAACCCAGGCUGUCAGCGUUUCUACAAUGAUGCUCUCACAUUAUCAUUUACAAAGAUUCUUACUGAUGAUGCAGUAUCAUCAUGGAAGAUUAAUAUCCAACAAUGUGUGCGUUCAAACUGCGAGAAACUUGUUAAAUUAUGUGCCAUGAAACUUGAUGAUCCUAGAUUCUUGAAUCUUCUUUCUAUGGCACUAAAUCCUAACAAUAAGUUUCACACAUUUAACGCGUCAAGAACAUGUGAAGGCCUAACAACAUCUACUUCACCGGCCAAUGGUCAAGGAUCUACUCAAGAGCCGGAGGUUUAUGCUAAGUCACAAGAUCACAGAACACCCAGAGGAUGGCUAGUUCAUCUUAUUAAUGUAUUUGGCCAGAGUGGUGGGUUUGCGAAGAUAAGGGAACGAUUUGAAAUCAUAAUGGGUUUCAAAAAGACAGAACUGACAACAUCCGUGAACGAAGAGAAAGUUAUCAAUGAGAUCAUCGAGAGUGAGGAUCAGAAGGUGGAUGUCACUGAUAGCAUAAUCAGCAGUACUGACAAUAUGGAGGGUUCAAUUUCGUCUCGUUCUGAACAGCCGUCUUCUCUAGAGAUGUCAACAUCAGGUGAGAGCAGAGUUGCAGCUGUAUGGCAAUUACUGAAGCCGCUUGGACUAUGCCACGAUCUGCUGACACCUCACACUGUCACCGUUUAUCUGUUGCCAGUUCUGGAAUGUAUUCCGACCCUUCUAGAAAGUCUGACUGAUGACGAGUUGAAACGCGAAGCGCGAGGGAGCGAGAACAAGACUGAUACAGUAUCGUGUUUGAUAAAGGCAUGCAAAUAUGUUUCUGUAAGGACACCGAACUAUCACAGCCUACUUAAAUCUUUGGAAAUGUUCCGGCUGAAGAUGAUACUGCGGUUAUUACAAAUGUCGUCGUUUAAUGGGAAAAUGUCCGCGUUGAAUGAAAUAAAUCAACUUAUAAGUACGAUGUGCCAACAGCCUAAGCCGGAAUGGUUGACGCCGGCUGUUAUAACGACGUGGAUAAGAGAAAAUGGAGUAGUUGAUAUAGUAUUACGGGAUUCCUUACACCAGCCCCAAUAUGUUGAACGGUUGGAGAAAAUGCUUAGGUUUAUGAUUAAAGAGAAUUCCCUCACAAGAGAAGACCUAGACGCAAUAUGGAAGGCCCAGCACGGGAAACAUGAGGCGAUUGUUAAAAAUCUUCACGAUUUAUUGGCUAAGUUGGCUUGGGACUUUACGCCUGACCAGUUGGAUCAUCUUUUUGAUUGUUUUAAGGCCAGUUGGUCUACAUCGAGUAAGAAACAAAGUGAUAAAUUAUUAGAAGUGAUAAGGAGGCUGGCUGAGGACGAUAAGGAUGGUGUUAUGGCGAAUAAAGUGUUAGUACUGUUUUGGAAUUUGGCGCACUCUGACGAUGUCUGCACAGAAAUUCUCGAUUCCACUUUGGCAAAUUUCAUCAAAAUACUCGACUAUAGUUGUAGUCAAGAUCGCGAUGCGCAGAAAACGCUUUGGUUAAACAAAUGUGUGGAGGAACUGAAGAGCAACGAGAAGUGGGUGUUGCCAGCAUUAAAAAUGAUGCGUGACAUAUGUUGUCUGUACGAAUCCGGUGGGAAUGCGGGCGUGAGGCCUCAUGUGACGCGGCAGGAGUUAAUAGAUCGACUACAGACGCAACAUUCCCUUGUUAUUUUGGUCACAGAUUCGCUCACACAUUAUAUGGACAUGGUGCGGGAGAAGAUGACGGCGGAUAGUGAACUGGAUUGGGACAAUUGGUUGCCAGAUGGAAGAUAUCCUCACGCCGCGCAAGUACACGAACGUCUCAGUUUUCUACGGUUUCUCUUGAAGGAUGGACAACUUUGGCUAUGCGCUGAACAGGCUAAACAGAUUUGGGUGUGUCUAGCCGAAAAGCCGGCGCACAUCGGCGACCGUGAGGCGUGUUUUCGCUGGUUCAGUAAACUAAUGGGCGAGGAACCAGAUUUGGAUCCAAAUAUAAAUUUACAUUUUUUUCGGCAAAACAUAAUGACGUUGCUACCAAAUCUUUUGACUCACUCGGGGAUAAAGUGCUUUGAGAGAUUUUUCAAAGCCGUGAAUUCAAAGGAGGGUAAAUUGAAGGCGAGACGGCGGGGGUUCCUGCUAAACGAUCCAGAUCUCAUUGGAUUGGAUUAUCUGUGGAGAGUGAUAACAGAGUGUGACGAUGAGAUAUCGAGUCGUGGUAUAGAGUUGCUCCGUGAGACGUGCACGUGCACGGGCCCGUCCCUAUCGCCCGCUCAACAGCACGAGGCGUUUCUCACACAGUGCUGUGCGCGUACGCAGAGGCUGCAUAGCGAAAUGGUCGAUGAAGACGCGUCGGAGUGUUGUACAAAAAUGUGUAGAGUGAUUCGUGCCAUACAAGAAUAUAUAAACGAAUGUGAUCGAAAGUUCUCCGCCGAUCGCCAGAUAUUGCCGAUAUACAGAUCGGGCAGAGGGCGCCAGUGUACAAUUAUAGUGAGAUUCAACUUUCAAACGGGCCAAAGGCAGAUCGAUGAUAUCGAACUGUUUUCACACUCGAACGAGACGCUGCAUUCGUUGCGUGUGGCUGUGCAAAGGCGGUUAAAGUGCUCGUCAGAGAGCAGUAUUAAACUAGAAAUGUAUAUAAAUAAGGUAGAAUUAUAUGUAAAUGGAGAACUUUUGGACUCGAGUCAUGACCGGAAGAUUCUCUCACAAAUACAUUUAAGGGACAAAACCAUAUUGGUUGCUAAGGUUUACGAUGGGCAGGUAUGCGGCAGUGGGGGAUGCGGUUCGUCAAAUGAAUCGAGUAGCGAUAGUAGUGCAACGUCCCCACCGCUGCCACCCACUGCGGAGCACGCACUACCGGGAGUUUUAUUCGCACAAGGAACCUGGUACCUCCCGUUCAUUCUGGAGUUGGAACACAUCGGCAUCACAAAGGGGCACGCUCCAUUGACUGAGGCAGCGCAUUUGUUGUCACAAAUAUGCCCACCUCAUAAGCUUACUGUAGAGAAACUAACAGAGGCACUCUUGUCUCGAGACGACUCCAAACUGAAAGAUAUAUUGUACGGACCAUCUCCUCCCACCGUUGCUUAUAAUAUAGAGGUCUUGUACAGUAUGGUAAUGCCGUCGUCCGAUACGAGACUGGAGCGAAACAGAAGUUUUCAGUUGGCCUGUGUGAAGAAGGCCCCACUGUUAGUCCAAUGUCUGUCUAAUGGGGAAUUUCUGAAGGGUGCCGCACCUCAUACCAGAAGAGUCGGAUAUCUAGCUCUGGUAAGACUGGCGAAGUUGGCUCUGUACACUCUGGGACACCUCUUCGAAAUUCUGGCACCAGAUGGAACAGAAGCGGCGCUUGAUAAGGACUUUAGAAUGGAUGUGACAAUACUACGCGAGGCAUUGCAGUCAGUCCCAAAUCAAAAUUGCGAGAUAAUUGUUAAAGCGAUUGCUGAGAAACUCGCCAGUACACUUGCAGAGCAGGUGGUAACAAGUGGUGAAGACAGCGAUUCGGUAUCGUCACUUGUAUGGUGGCGAGUGCCAACAGCAGCGACGGUACGGGCGUUGUACGCACUCACAUACUCUGUGGCACAACCCUUGGAAGUCACCGGAUUGGUGCACUCUGAUGACGUCACACUGGUCCGAGAGUGUAUGGAAGUUGUGACGAUAUGUAUGGCCUUUGGAGGUGGACAUCUGGAAGAUCUGCUGCAUGAGUCGUGGUGGCAGGACACGGCUUUGUACUUGAUGAUUGACUGCCCGAGUGCUCAGGUACGAGUAUCGUGCGCAGAACAAUUGCUGUCUAUGUGCGGAUGGGGCGGCGGGGGAGGGGCGAGGGGGGCGCUGUUGGCCCUGGGGGGUGCGGGGGGAGCGGCCAAUUUGCCACGCCUCACUGAACAUUCGAGAAACGCCCAUCAGUUUCUUCAGCUCUUGUGCCGUCUGGUUGCCUUGGCCGGACCCACCGCUAAAACUUUGGAGGAUCUUGCUACUGAAGUGGCAUGGCUGCGGGUAUUACGCGAUAAUCCCGAAACCUUAGACGACACAUUGCUGGAGGGUCAUUUAAAUUUGACGAAGGAGCUCUUCACACAUGUUCCUGCUCAGGUGAAAUUCCAAUAUGGCGCGCAUCCGGACCACAAGGAUUCGGGAUUGUUAAAGGAAGUGGUUACUGAAUUUCUAUGGCCAUACUCAUGGGCGUGGUGUCGAAUGUCCGAAUACGACAGAGGAGAGGGUAGCGGUGAAGACAUUCCAACACCACUUUGCCGUACCGCCGGCUCAGUGGCUGCAGCCACGGACUUGCUGUUAUCCCUUGUGCAUGGAUGCCUGCCCAAUAUGGCGGCCUUGGCUAAUCUAUUGCAUUUAAUGUUCUAUAGCGAUAGGAACAUGCCGCUCGCUGAAUGGGAGUAUAUGCCGUGUGUUGGACCACGCCCCUGCGCGGGUUUGGUGGGAUUGAAAAAUGCUGGCGCCACUUGCUACAUGAACUCGGUUUUGCAACAAUUGUACUGCGUACGCGCUGUACGGGAUUCACUACUCACUGUACAAGGAGCGGCAACGGAUCCUAACGAUGACUUCUCUGGCGAGAAUAUGCAUCUUAAUAUGAUGGAAAAUAAUAUUGAGAAUAGCGCCGAGUACAACAUCACUAUACUGAAGCAGGUUCAGGCGAUAUUCGCACAUUUGCACUACAGCAAAGUUCAGUAUUAUGUCCCGAGAGGACUUUGGGCUCACUUCAGAUUACAAGGUGAACCAGUGAAUCUACGCGAGCAGCAAGAUGCCGUGGAAUUCUUCAUGUCUCUGGUCGAGUCUUUGGAUGAAGCCCUGAAAUCGUUGGGACAAGAGCAGUUGAUGGCUAAAACUAUGGGUGGCACUUUCUCAGACCAGAAGAUUUGCAAAGGUUGCCCGCACAGAUAUUGCAAGGAGGAGCCAUUUAGUGUGGUCUCAUUGGAUAUACGGAAUAUGUCGCGGCUGCAAGAGUCGUUGGAGGCGUACGUACGCGGCGAAUUGCUGGAGGGCGCUGACGCGUAUCAUUGUGAUAAAUGUAGCAAGAAGGUGGUGACAGUGAAAAGAUUAUGUUUAAAUAAACUUCCACCGGUUCUAGUCAUACAGCUUAAGCGAUUUGAAUACGACUUUGAAAGGGUGUGUGCAAUUAAGUUCAACGAUUACUUCGAGUUUCCGCGCGAUCUUGACGUCGAACCGUAUACAGCCUGGGGUCUGGCAAAGGCGGAGGGAGAGACCAUAUGGGAAGGAGGUGAGGAUUCUGAAAAGGACCCGCGGUGCACGGAGUACGAAUUGACCGGCAUUGUUGUUCACUCCGGUCAGGCAUCUGGUGGCCAUUACUUCUCCUAUGUGUUAUUGAGGGACACAGGUUCGGCUGGAAGGUGGGUGAAGUUAGAUGAUGGGGAGGUAUCGGAGUGUGCCAUGCAUGAUGAUGAAGAGAUGAAGUCGCAAUGCUUUGGAGGAGAAUACAUGGGCGAGAUAUUUGAUUCAUCGGUCAAAAGGAUAUCAUACAAACGCCAAAAGAGAUGGUGGAACGCCUACAUGUUGUUUUACACACGAAAGGAUACGAUCAACACCUCAUUGGAACAAACUAUGAAGAGUAUGACUCUGAAAGAAAGUACAAUACCGAAACCGAUAUGGAACUCGGUGCGUCGCAGCAACAUUGCCUUUUGUCACAACCAGGACCAAUUCAGUUUGGAGCACUUCAAUUUUAUGAAGAAAUUGUGUUGUAUGAGGCUGCACCCAGGAUCGCAGAGCGCUGUUUGGGGUCCAGAACACGAAGAGAUGUCAAUGCUGGCAGUGCAGUUGGCCACCAAGUUUCUCUUUCAAAUUGGCUUUCACACGAAGAAAAGUCUACGGGGUCCAGCGACGGAUUGGCACGAUAUAAUUUGUCAACAUCUGAGGUGCUCUCAGGCAGUCCGGGCUUGGUUUGCCACAGAUCUCUUCAAACAUACACACAGAUUAGGCGACUAUCUCCUCUCGUGUCCCACAAGCGAUGUCCGAAUAGUAUUCAUGAAGAUUAUCGUAUUCCUGGCCCACUUCUCCACGCAAGAUCCGCCAGUGAACAAUGGCUACAGCUCAUGGUGUAGCCGCGAAGAAGUGACAAGUCUGUCCGAUCAAGUAUUAUGUUGCACGCGUGCACUGGCAGCGCCAGAUGCGCAUACGCACCGACUGCCGCCGCAUCUGCCUUUGCUAUUUAACCUAUUCCACGCGUACGCUAUGCUGGGCUUGCAAGAGAAAUAUCAGCUGUUACGGCUGAAAAUUUUGGAUAUUGUCUUGUCUGUGUGCAUCGACGAUUCGUAUGCGUCACUUGGAAAAUAUCAAUAUCCCGAGUCGGCUAAAGUGCACCAGGUGGUCUGUGCGUUAGUGCGCUGCUGUGACGUAAGCAGUCGUUGCCAAUCGGCAAGUGCGGCCGAAGGGGCGUUGCCCUUGGCGAACCCGUACGCGGAGCCUCCGCCCGCGGGCCCUCGCCCUGCGCUCUCACCUGCCGCAGCAGAUGUACUCUAUAAUAAGACUGCUGCAUACAUGAAGAAACUCAGCGAGGAGUGCUGUGGCUGCGAAGAAGGUAUCAGAUUGAUUCAGUUCCUGUGCUGGGAACACGCGGCCUGGUCAAGGGCUGCCCUGUCGGAGCUCCUCUGGCAGAUGGCCUGCGCCUACUGCCACGAGCUGAGGAGGCACUGCGAUGCCCUCACCGCCCUAUUGCUGAUGGAAGACAGCUGGCAGCAGCAUCGUAUCCACAACGCCAUUAAGGGCGUGUCAGAGGAGCGUCAAGGUCUCCUAGAGACAGGUCUACGUGCACGCGGCCAUUACCAGAAGCGUACGUACGCGUGCGUGAAAUUGCUCGUUGGGGUGAUGUGUCGUACGCCACUCGCGAUACGCGCCAUACAUUCGCAGGCGGAGCCUCGACGCAGGUGGAGGCAGUUGCUCGCCUGGCUUCAGGAUGAACUGGAUCGGUAUGGAUCUGGAUAUGGCUCGUAUGGCACAUGGUCACCACCCGGAACAUCUAAUGAGACCUCUAGUGGGUACUUCCUCGAACGCAGCAAUUCCGCGAGGAAGACGUUAGAAAAAGCCUACCAACUGUGCCCCGAAGAGGAAGACGAUGAAGAGGAGAGCCGUGACCGAGACGGCUCCGUCAACUCUGGGGGCUCAGCCGAAGGGGGCGAAAGCGGGGAGGAAGAGCCCGAAGACCGACGGCCUCCGCUGGUCCUCGCGCCCCCUGACCCUCUGCCCCCUCAUUGAACUAGUCCCCCAUACACUCACCAUCAGCGAUAGGACUUUGUUUGAUAUUUUGAUUGUCUUUGUUGCUUCGUGUUAAGGUGCGUUUAUAAUGUAUUAUUGUUGGCUCAUGGAAUUUCCCCAUUACCCGUUUAGCGAUUUUUUUGUUUGCGAUGCGCGUUGCUUUGUAUUGACAACUUUCAGUGAACAGUUUGGUGAAGAAUUUUAGUUAUUUUGUGAUAUGAAAUGUCUGUCUGUAUUAAAAAAAUCUCAUUUUUAAAAUUUCUUAAAUAUUUUUAAAGUAUGUAUGUAUGCAAAAUUUAUAGAAAUUCAAUUAUGAAAUGUAAUACGUUUAGCUGUAAGGUGAUAAUCGCAUGUGGUAUAUUAGUGACGCGGGUGCGCUGACGGCCUUAUAAAAUUGAAGUUGUCGCGUGAGACAAUCUAGUCUUGAGUACUGCCAUAUAGAUAGUGGUACGUGAUUAGUUGAGCUUAAAGAAUUCGUUCGAAUUUUGAAUGUCGAACUGUCGGAUCUGUCAAAAAUGACAGUUCCCAUUUGACGUUGUCGUUGUUCGUACUUGGACUUGUCUCUGAAUCAUAGACUAGAGAAGAUUAUGGUGAGCACGCGCAUCGCUCUAUUUGUUCUGUGAUGUUAUGAACGUGUAAAGUUCGUCUUGAAGGGCAUUUGUUAAGAAUAUUUUGAUACUCGACACUUAAAUCGCUUAAUUUUAAGUUUUUUUUUUAAUUUCCGUAUCAAUAUUAAUGUUAUCGCAUUUAACACACGAACAUUGAAGAAAACCGGUAUAUUUUAGACUUCAAAAGUCGGACACAUAGGGCUGAUCACCUACAUACCUAUUUAAAAAUCAAAUGAUCGCGAAACAUGCUGACAUCUGAGGCCCAGACCUCAAAUGUUGGCGCUACUGCUUUUUGUUUUGUCAAUUACUUGACAAGUAGGUGAUCAGAACAAAAAUCUUGAAUUACAAAGCUAAUGACAAACAAACAAUAAUAUUUCUAUUGAUAUAGAAGUGUUAAAUUAAUUUCAUAUUCGUUAAGUAAAGGUAUAUCUACGAAUAACAGUGAUGGAAACGUAUUAAGCACAUGCGCAAAAGUCGAUUUGGUUUAGUCUUGUUUCACGCCGCGAAUAAUAAUAAAUCUAAAUAUCAAAAUUCAAACAGUUUUCUAGUUGGUACUUUUAAUUACUAAACAAAUUUUCUGGUAAUAAUCGAUCGUCGUUCAAGUUGCUAUACUAUAGAAUAUCAAUUAUAAAGAUAGCUGGAAACGAUUUGUUGGUUAAGUCGUAAUUGUAUUAAACAUGGUCGUAUUAAAACAUUUUCCUUAAUUAGUGUUAUCGGCUUGGCCGGUAAUUUUUUGAGUCAUUUCAACGAAGCAAGACUUAAGAAUUUAAAAUCGAAUCGUUUAAUAUUUAUUUAUUUAAUAUACGCGAGUUAAAGUAUUAACAAAAAUAUUUAUUCUACAGUACAAGGCAUAUUGUGUUAUUAAAAUUAGUUUUUUUUGGUUCAUACAUUCAUAGCAAUGUUAUUUGGUUUCGCGAACAAAAUUAUAGUAUUACAAUGCUAAAUUAGUUGAUAAGUAAAUUAUUAUGCGUUUUAUUAUAAGCGAGGCGUAUUUUAAUUAUAUAUUAUUAAAUAAUUGUGGUAAUUAUAAAGAAGUAUAACUAAACUAUUUUUACGGAUGGUAUUUAAGCGUAUACUUGUACGUUACAAGUUUUUAAACGUAUACUUGUACGUAUACAGUCUUGUUAAGUCAAUAUUAAGUUUCCAUCAUAUUUAUGUAGGAAGUCUAUUAAAGAAGCAUAACAAAACUAUUUUUACGGAUAUUUAAACGUAUACUUGUACGCUACAAGUUUUUAAACGUAUAUUUGUACGUAUACAGACUUUCUUGUCAAGUCAAUAUGAAGUUUCCAUCAUAUUUAUGUAGGAAGUCUAUUAGACACCGAACUAUUAAUAACAGAAGUAACUGUUCAGUUAAUAGUUAUGAGUUUAGGAUCUCUUUUAACCUACAUUAAUUAAUGCGGAAUUAGCACCAAUAACGCCGGUUAACAUUAACUGAAUAACAAAAGCGAUAUUUAAUGUUGAGUUUACGCGCGAUCGCGAUUGUGUAGUGGCCUAAGACGAACUCUACAAUGCGGUAAUCGUGAAUCUAUCGCUAACUUAUUAACACGUGUUUAGUAAAUGUAGAUAUAGUAUUUAAAUCACUAGUCUAACAAAUGUUGCCACUGUUCUGCUUGUAAUAUAUGUUAUUUAUUUUUAUAUUUCGUGAAGAUUGUAUAUUUUUUUUCUGUAUAGAAAAGUUUCCGGAUUCACUCGAUAUCUGGGAAAUCGAGGACUUAACAGUAAACGGAUAUGCAUUUUGAGUUUCUUUUUUCAGUGUAUGAAGUCUGAAUUAAUUUUUGCUCAUCUUGCACACUUUGUAGAACAUUUAUUUUCGCUUCGCUAGAUUAAGGAUUUUGAAAAUUAAUCGCUUAGUUUAUGAAGGAACGUGAAUGGUGCAUGGAUUGAUUACCAAAGAUGGGUUUAUGGGUUAUAUCGGCCCUCUUUCUCAUAGCUUAGUGACAGUAAUGUUUUGUAUCUUUUAUAUUCGCGUUAUUUUAACAAAAUUUAAAAUGUGAUCGAUUAGGGUUAGAUAGGUGAUGAAAAGUGCGUACGAUUUAUACUGCCAAUGUAAAUACGGAACCAUAUAGGGAUGCGCCAUUGCUCGGUACACUUGAUCGGAUAACUCGGCUAAUCUUUACUCGUAAAUAAACUUAACUAGAUUAGUCUGGUAAUUAUGUAAAUAUCUAUACAUGAGUCGAUUAGAAUCAACGUGUUUCUUGCAUAUAAUACAUUAAAUUACACCACUCGCUUCAGGCUAUAAAACCGGGCAAUACUCGGGUAACCGGAUAACCGGUUACUCGGUUAUACGGCGCGUCUCUAUUAACAUUUUGUUUCACAGCGAUUUCACGUCAACUGUAAAACAGCCAUCAUGAUUAUUUUAAACUUAAGUAUUCCUAAAAUGGACUUAAAUAAGCAUGGUGUGCUUAUGUAAUAUUGUAUUUAAUAGAUUUGUUAUAAGAUCGGUUGAGUUUUAUAUAGUAACGUUUCUAUGGCAAAUAUUUAAGGAAAAGCAUGUGACAUCAAGGAUGCGUUGGCAUUCAUACAAAUAUUAUUAAAAUCGAAAAAUAAAUUUUGAAAUUUA